AUGACAAUCAAAGAUUGCACUUCACCAAUAAAAAACCAGCUUGAUUAGUAAAAUAUUAGUUAUACUUGUGAAGAAAGUUUUAUCACUAUUUAAGAUUAGGACUAAAUAGACGUAAGUUUAGUAUUAAACUAGUUUUAUGCUAAAGAGCCUUUGAUAAAAUUUAACUAAAUAUAACAUUUGACCUUAAGUUUAUAGUUUUAUUAAAUAGUAAUAGACGGUUAAUUUUACAGUUAAUAAGAUUUGAUUUUGGUUAGUGAUUGUUAAAAUGUUAUUGUUAUCAAUUUUACUGUUGAGCAAUAUACAAGGAAAAGUAAACACUUAAUUUUGGCAAAAUUUGUUUAAAUAGAUAAUCUAAUUAUAAAAAAUAUGAUUUUGACAGAUAGCUUGGUAUAUAUUGAUUAAAAUGGUUCUAAUACAAUAGAUAUUUUAUUUUAAUAAAUUAAUAACUUGUCUUAAGAUAAUUUUAUUAUUUGCUCUUUUAACGCAGAAAUCUUUUUGUAAGCAGUUACUUUCUAACUUAAUUAUCUAAACAUAAAUUCUAACUUAAACUAAGACCACACAUUUAUUUUGGGUAUUAAUGCUGUAAAUGGAAGUGUUUAAAACAUACUGUUAAAUGAUAAUCUAUAAAAUGAUGUUUAACCUAAUAUUUAAAUAGCUAGAAUAAUCCAAUUUUACCCUAUGGGCUGCUUCACAGUUAACAAAAUAUUAAUAUAAUCUCUAAAUUAUUAGGUUUAGUAGUUUACAAAGAUUUCUAUAUUAACUUAAAAUCUAUAUUAUACAAAUGGAAAUUUCGCUUUGCAGGAAAUAACUUAUGAUGGAAUUUAACAAGGCAGCAUCCCUUCUAAUACUGUUAAUUUAUAUAUUUUCUGCAAAAUGGUGUAAGUAGUAAGAAUUAUGUAGACUAAUUUUUAACUAAUCCCUUUUAACUAGUUCUUAAUGACUUUUAUGUAGGGUGGAUAGCUUAGUCUAGAAAAUAUUGCAUUAAGAAACAUUAUGAAAAGUUUAAUAUUCAUUCAAAUAAUUUAAUUCAAUGAUUUAGAGCUACGUUAUUUCUCAAUUGACUAUCAAAGCUUAUAAUUUAUCUAUUAAAGUUUGUUUAUACUCGAUUCUGUCUACAACCUUUAUCUAUAUGAAUUGUAAAUUCCAAUAGAUCCUUCAUAAGAAAACGAGACAUUUUUUAGUAGAAAUGGUCCACCCUUAAUUAUGUAUAAUCCUGGAAGUUAAAAUGAAUAGGAAUAUUUUUUUAAUAUGUUUAAUUCAAAUAUCAAUUUAAAAAAUUUAGAUAUAUACUUUGCUAAUUUUUAAAAUAUUAUUAUUUCAUCCUUUAAUUUUAAAUAAACCACCAUUUCUAACAUAUAUUCACCACCAGGCUAAAAUGGAGGCUGUCUGAACUUUUCUAAUGCUUCUACUUACUUAUAUUUAAGUUAAACAAUUAUUGAAUACUGUGGAACUUCAUAAUUAGGUGGUGGCAUUUAUGGUGGAUAGAUAUGGGAUGCUUAAGAUACUGUAAUUAGAAAUUGUUUUAGUAAAAUUUCUGGUGGAGGUGUUGUUUUAAGCAAAAAUUAAGAUAUUAGCAUUUUAAAAAAUAUUAUUAAAUUCCAAAACAAUAAAGCUGUAUACUCAAAUGAUGAUUAUCUACUUGGCUUCAGCAGUAUUCAGAUUGAUAAUCUUAAUUAUCCAUAAUAUGGAAGCUUUAGAAUUCCAAUAAACUAUUUAUCUAUUUUUUAAACAAAUAUUACCUAACUCUAGCCAUAUGUUAUUCCAAAAUUAGAUUAGCCUUAUUUGGUGUACUACUAAAAUCCAAAUAAUAUAGCUCCAAUCUCACAAUUUAAAUUAACACUAGUAGAUGAUUACAUUAUAAAUGCUUAAUUUAUGCCAUUUAAAGAAGCAUGUGGAUAAGGCAUGCAAAUGGUACUAAUAUAAGAUUCAUAUAUAAUGUAUAUAUAAUAAAGAGAUAUAAUGACUAUUAAUGAGGAUUAGUGUUAACAAUGUAAUAUGAAAGUAUUUAAUUAAUGCUAUGCUAAUUAUUCUAGUGUAAAAAAUGGCUAUUGGAGAUCUAAUUAUACAGUAAACUAGGACCAAAUUUAUAAAUGCAAGAUUUCUUCUUAAAGUUGUGAAGGAGGAAGUCUCUUCGGAGACCAUCUAUGUGCAUAAGGAUCUGUAGGUGUAGAGUGCAUGGAUUGUGAUUUAAGAGGCUCUUUUUGGGGUGAAAGUUAUGGUUCUUAUGGAAUAUUUUAAUGCAAAAAAUGUGGAAGUCUAGUGCUUGCUCUAAUACAAAAAAAUUCUAGCUUCUAAAGAAUAUAAGCAUAAUGA